AUGGCUGUCCCCGGGAACCCAUCAUUCAGGUCCCUGGGAGCCGGAAGCGCUAACGUAUACGCCGCCGCAAGGCAGUACGUGGUCUUCCUGUGGCCUGUGUCCGGCAGCAACAGCAGCAGCAGCAGAAGAGUGGAAAAGCUUUCGACUGGGCAUCAACCUGGCAGCCUGAUUUGCGAUAUCGAUAGGACCGGGGGUGGGGAGAAUCCCUCCCACAUACCUAGGAUGUUCUCGCCCAACGCAAAGCAGCUUUACUGGCGCCAAUCUCGAUGGGGAGAACAACUCAGCAGCAAGCCAUGCUGCUUGGUGAAUACGUGGAGGGAUCAAUCGCUCAUGGAGAGGAUGCAACUUCGCCGUUUGUUUGGCUUAGGCUUAAACACGUACCUUGCAGAAACCAAAAGACCUCAGCAGACCAGGGCUGUUCGCAAGCCACAAACGUCUGGCCUCUCUGGGCGCGAGGGUGAGGCUCUUCUGCAAAAAUCAUGCAGCAGUUUCUCAAAUAUUGGCUUGCGUGAAUUUGGCUUUCUCACUUUCUUCGAUGUGGAUUCCAGAGCCGUUCCAAAGCCCUGGGUGACGGUAUUUGGUUGA